CUGCAGCUUUGCCAGUCUGACCCAGCGGGUAUUGCAUACAUCCUGAUCUCAAGAGCUUUCUGAAAUAUUUACUGAACAUUGGACAAAGGUAUUGUACUGGAAGAGAGAAAACAUUGAAGACUUCUUGAUUUACAACUCUAAACCCCAAGUGAGAUAUGGCUGAAAGUGCUUAUCAAGGGGAGGAGAACAGGGAGGAAGCCAUGCUUGAUGAGUUCACUGACAUGAUCAGAAAUCGAUCUGAUGAAAGAGAAGAUGUUCAAAGGAAAACAUUCACAAAAUGGAUAAAUGCACAGUUUGCAAAGUUUGGGAAACAUCCAAUUGAAGAUCUGUUCAGUGAACUUCAAGAUGGAAGAAGACUUUUGGAUCUUCUUGAAGGCCUCACUGGUGACAAACUGGUAAAAGAAAAGGGCACUACAAGGGUUCAUGCUUUAAACAAUGUCAACAAAGCACUUCAAAUCUUGCAAAAAAAUAAAGUUGAUUUGGUUAACAUUGGCAGCUCAGACAUAGUGGAUGGAAAUCACAAGCUGACCCUUGGAUUGAUCUGGAGUAUCAUCCUCCAUUGGCAGGUGAAGGAUGUAAUGAAAGGCAUUAUGGCUGACUUGCAGCAGACAAAUACUGAAAAGAUCUUACUAAGCUGGGUCCGCCAAUCAACUCGCAAUUACCCGCAGGUCAACGUUAUCAAUUUCACCAGCAGUUGGUCCGAUGGAUUGGCUUUUAAUGCACUCAUCCACAGUCACAGACCGGAUCUGUUUGAGUGGAAUAGUGUGCUCAGCCAACAAUCUGCUGUUCAUCGACUGGAUCAUGCAUUCAACACUGCCCAGCAACACUUGGGAAUUGCAAAUCUUCUCGAUCCUGAUGAUAUUGCAACAGCUCAUCCGGACAAGAAGUCCAUUUUAAUGUAUGUAACAUCGCUCUUCCAAGGUCUACCACAAAAAGUAUCCACUGAAUCUCUUCGAGAACUAGACACAUUGCCUCGCCAAAUAAUCCCUUCAGAAGAGCAAAUCAGACAUUUUGAUCAACGGCAUUUCUCUCAGCAAAUCACUGUCAAUGUAGCACAGGGACGAGUGCACACCCCUUCACCUCCUCCCAAACCUCGCUUCAAAAGCUAUGCCUACACACAAGCUGCUUAUGUCAUGUACCCUGACCAAAAAGGGAGGCAGUACCCUCCACAGAGAAUGGAAGGCAUGGAUGACAGACCAUUUGGCAAAUUAGAAAUGGAACCAAGAGUGGAUCUAGAAAGUUAUCAGUCAUCAUUGGAACAAGUGCUUACUUGGCUUCUUUCAGCAGAAGAUGUUUUACAAUGUCAAGGGCCAAUAUCUUACAAUGUAGAAGAAGUAAAAGAACAAUUUCAUACUCAUGAGGGCUUUAUGAUGGAAUUAACAUCUCAUCAGGGAAAUGUUGGAGGAGUUUUGCAAGCUGGAAGUCAACUAUUGUCUAUUGGGAAACUUUCUGAUGAUGAAGAAAAUGAGAUCCAGGAACAAAUGAAUCUCCUCAAUUCCCGUUGGGAAAGUCUCAGGUUGGCCAGCAUGGAAAAGCAAAGCAAUUUGCACAAAACUUUGAUGGACCUUCAGAAUCAACAACUGCAGCAGUUAAGUGAUUGGCUUUCACAAACGGAAGCAAGGACAAGGAGAAUGGAAGCGGAAAUUCUGGGCCCUGACUUGGAAGAUAUAAAGCGUCAGAUAGAAGAUCAUAAGGUUUUACAAGAUGACUUAGAGCAAGAACAAGUUAGGGUGAAUUCUCUAACGCAUAUGGUGGUAGUAGUGGAUGAAGCAAGUGGAGAUAAAGCUACAGCUGCAUUAGAAGAACAAUUACAGCAAUUGGGAGAUCGCUGGGCUGCCAUUUGCAGAUGGACAGAGGACAGAUGGAUACUUUUACAAGAAGUUCUUCUAAAAUGGCAACAGUUUGCUGAAGAACAGUGUCGUUUUGAUGCUUGGUUGAAAGAAAAAGAGGAAGCUGUAAACGUCAUCCACACCACAGAUCUUAAGGAUCAAAAUGAAAUGCUUGGUAACCUUAGGAAAUUAGCGAUCUUGAAAGGAGAAAUAGAAAUUAAAAAGAAGUCAAUGGAAACACUGUACUCUCUAAGUCAGGAUCUCCUUUACGCUUUGAAAAAUACAGCAGUAUCUCAGAAACAUGAUGCAAGGUUAGACGACUUUGCUAAGAGGUGGGAUAAUCUUGUACAGAAGCUGGAGAACAGUAACAGACAGAUUUCACAGGCUGUCACCACCACUCAGACAUCACUAACACAGACAACUGUAAUGGAAACAGUAACUAUGGUGACUACCAGGGAACAAAUUCUUGUUAAGCAUGGCAAAGAUGAACUCCCGCCACCUCCCCCUCAGAAGAAAAGACAAAUCCUCAUGGAAUCAGAACUUAGGAAGAGAUUUGACGUUGAUUUAACAGAACUGCAUAGCUGGAUUACACGCUCUGAAGCUGUGCUGCAAAGCCCUGAAUUUGCAAUAUUUAAGAAAGAAGGAGACUUCACUGACCUCACAAAGAAAGUUAAAGCCAUAGAAAGAGAAAAGCCUGAGAAGAAUAGAAAGUUACAAGAGGCCAACAGAAAUGUCCAGGCACUGACCGAACAGAUGUUGAAUGAUGGCCUUAAUGCAGACAGCAUCAAACAGUCUUCUCAACAUCUGAACAGCCGGUGGACAGACCUCUGUCAGUUACUGAGCGAGAAACUUUCCUGGCUGGAAUAUCAAAAUAGCAUCAUUGCCUUUUACUCCCAGUUACAACAAUUGGAACAUGCAGCAAUUACAGCUGAACACUGGCUAAAAGCACAAACAACAGCCUCCGAAACAGGAGCAGUCAAAACCCAGUUACAGAAAUGCAAGGCUGAAGUUGGCCGUCUACUAGCUUUUAAGCCUUCAAUUGGAUCCUUGCAAGUUCAGGGAAAACAACUGAAAGAAAAGGAACAGGGGCCAAUGUUUCUGGAUGCAGAUGUAGCAGCUUUUCUCAACCACUACAAUCAAGUUCUUUCCAACUUGCAAUCUCGAGAAAAACAGCUUCAGAACAUUUUAGACAGUUUACCUCCAACACAGUACAAGGAGAAGAUGAGUACUAUCCUUCUGUGGAUCCAGCAGUCUGAAACCAAACUUGCUAUACCUCAGGUCACUGUUACUGAAUGUGAAAUUAUGGAACAUAGACUCAGGGAGCUAAAGGCCUUACAAAGUUCCCUGCAGGAACAUCAGGCUGAUAUGAACUAUCUCAGCAGAACUGCAGAGGAGUUAUCUAGCAAAGCACCUGCUGAUGUCAAGCAAAAGUAUUGGGCAGAAAUUGACCAAGCCCAAAGCCGUUGGCAGAUUUUAUCAAGCCAGAUAGCAGGACAAAGCCAAAAAUUAGAAGAAUUACUCAACAGACAUAAACAGUUCCAGAAUGAUCUUAAAACCUUAAAAAAGUGGAUGGCAGAAGUGAAUGUGUUCCUCAAUGACGAGUGGCCAGCCCUUGGGGAUUGUGAAGCACUUGAAAAACAGCUAGAACAGUGUAAUGCAUUGGUAAAUGACAUCCAAACAAUCCAGCCUAGUGUGAGCAGUGUCAAUGAUAUCGGACAGAAACUGAUCAGUAAAGCAGAACCAACCUACUUGCCAAAACUUCAGAGAGAUUUAGAUAACCUGAAUGAGCAAUGGGACCUGAUAUGUAAGCAGGCCUACACAAAAAAAUCGGCACUAAAAGCCGGCUUAGCGAAAACACGGAACCUUCGGAAAGAUCUGUCUGAGAUGCAAGAAUGGAUUUCACAAGCUGAAGACGAGUAUUUAGAGAGAGACUUUGAGUACAAGACACCAGAAGAAUUACAAAAAGCAUUACAAGAACUUAAGAGGGCAAAAGAAGACGCUAUACAGAAACAAGAAAAAGUGAAGCUCUUGACAGAGUCCGUGAAGAACGUCAUUGCAACAGUGCCAUCUGCUGCCCACGAGCCCUUGAAGAAAGAGCUGGAGGUUUUAGUCAGCAAUUAUGAAAGACUAUGCAGCAGGUUAAAUGGAAAGUGUGAAACGCUACAGGAGGUAUGGAAAUGUUGGCUAGAACUAUUAUCAUACCUGGAUGCUGAAAACAAAUGGAUUGAUGAAACUGAAGAAAAGCUGAAAACCACUGAGCAACCUAAAGGGUCACCAGAAGAGAUUUCACAUGCCUUAAAGUCCAUAGAAAAAAUCAUGAAACAUCCAGAAGACAAUCGGAAUCAAAUUAAGGAACUUGCUCAGACACUGACCGAUGGAGGUGUGAUGGAUGAACUGAUCAAUGAAAAACUGGAGAAGUUCAAUGCACGUUGGGAAGAAAUACAACAGGAGGCUGUAAGGAGACAAAAGGUUCUUGAACAAAGUAUUCAGUCUGCCCAGGAGAUUGACAAAGCCAUUCGCUUAAUUCAAGAGUCCCUUGGCACCACAGACAAACAACUGACAGGCUAUAUUUCAGAGAGAAUUGAUGCAGCACAGGUUCCACAAGAAGCACAGAAAAUACAGUCUGACCUAUUAAGCCAUGAAAUUAGCUUGGACGAAAUGAAGAAAAGAAACCAGGGAAAAGAAAUGUCUAAGAAGGUUCUUUUACAGAUUGAUAUAGCACAGAAAAAAUUGCAGGAAGUUUAUACGAAGUUCAGACUAUUUCAGAAACCAGCAAACUUUGAGCAGCGUCUUAUAGAAUCUAAAAGAAUUCUAGAUGAAGUGACCUUGGAAUUACCGAUUUUGGACAUGAAGAGUAUUGAGCAGGAUGAUGCUCAAACUCAGUUGGACCAUUGUAUGAAACUGUACAAAAUUUUAAGUGAAGUUAAAUCUGAAGUGGAGACAGUGAUAAAAACAGGCCGUCAAAUUGUCCAAAAACAACAAACCGAGAACCCAAAAGAUCUGGAUGAAAGGCUUACUGCUUUAAAGCUGCAAUACAAUGAGCUAGGUGCAAAGGUAACCGAGGGAAAGCAAGUGCUAGAAAAAUGUUUGAAACUCUCAAGAAAGUUGCGAAAAGAGAUGAGUAACUUAACUGAAUGGCUGGCCACCAUAGACACUGAAGUAACAAAGAGAUCAUCUGAGGAGGGGAUGCCAAUUAACUUACAGGAAGAGAUUGCCUGGAGCAAGACAACACAAAAAGAGAUGGAAAAGCGACAGCAACAACUAAAGAUUAUCCGAGAUUUAGGAGAUUCCCUCAAAGCUGUACUUGGAGACAAAGGCAAUCUUGUGGAUGAUAAACUUAGUCUACUUAAUAGCAACUGGCUAGCAGUAACAUCAAGAGCUGAAGAAUGGUUCCGCCUUCUGAUGGAAUACCAGAAGCAAAUGGAAUCUUUUAACCAAGGAAUUGCUAACACAACUACUUGGAUUAAUCAUGCAGAGCUAUUACUUGAUGAGAUGGAGAAACAAAAGCUACAACAAAGAGAAGAAACACUGAAGAUUUUGAAGUCUGAGCUUAAUGACAUGCAGCCAAAGGUGGAUUCAGUCCAUGAUCAAGCUAAGGAGUUAAUGGCAAACCAUGGUAAACACUGUAAGAAGAUAGUAGAGACCAAGAUUUUUGAACUUGACCAGCGAUUUACUCCCUUAUCCCAGAAAAUUAGGAGUGGAAAGGCAAUGGUUUCAUCUAAGGAACUGGAACAGUUUCAUUCUGAUAUGCAGAAAUUGCUUGAACCACUGGAGGCUGAAAUACAGUUAGGAGUGAAUAUCACAGAAGAAGACUUCAAUAAAGAUAUGAGUGAAGAUAAUGAUGGGCAGAUUAAAGAGUUGUUGCAAAGAGGAAAUAAUCUUCAACUCAAAAUUGGAGAUGACAAAAAGAGAGAAGAAAUCAAAAUGAAACAACAACUCCUACAAUCAAAACAUAAUGCUCUCAAGGAUUUGAGAUCUCAAAGAAGGAAAAAGGCCAUGGAGAUUUCUCAUCAGUGGUAUCAGUACAAAAGACAAUCUGAUGAUUUACUUAAAUGUUUGGAUGAUAUUGAAAAGAAAAUAGCUAGUCUUCCAGAACCCAAAGAUGAGCAGAAGCUUAAGGAAAUUGAUGGAGAAUUGGACAUGAAGAAAGAAGAACUGAAUGCAGUACACAGGCAAGCUGAACGUUUGUCUAAGGAUGGGGCUGCCAAAGCGGUGGAGCCAAAUUUGAUCCAUCUUAACAAACGCUGGCAAGAAAUUGAGAGCAAAUUUGCUCCAUUCCGACGACUACACUAUGCACAAAUUCAAACAGUUCAUGAAGAAAGCACUCAUGCAAUGAUUGAAGGAAUGAAAGUGGAUGCCUCUAAUGUGCCUUCUACAUACCUAGCAGAGAUUGCACGUCACCUACAGUUUAUUGCUGAGGUGGAUCUUCUACUUAACUCUUCAUAUCUGAAUAAAAAAGACUGUGAAGAACUUUCAAAACAAGAUGAGUGUCUCAAGAAUGCAAAAGAAAUCCUAGGGAGACUUUCAGGUCAAAUCGGGUUUACUCAAAGCAGAAAGAAAACAGUUCUCCAAUCAGCUACACCAAAAGAAAAUGAGAAGAUUCAACAAAAACUGGCAGAGCUUUCCUUCCAGUGGGAAAACAUCAACAAGCUCUACAGAGAUCGUCAAGAGAAGUUUGACAUGUCUCUGGAGCAGUGGAUGAAACUACAGGAUGACAUGAAUAACCUCAACCAGUGGCUAGGUGAAGCUGAGACAGUUCUUGCUGAUCAGCAAGGUGAAAUACGAGAUUUGGAGAAGGCUAAACAGCACCUGCAGAGGGUGAAGGCUCUUGAAGAUGGCAUAGCUGAACAGCUAGCUGUUGUAAAAACACUGAAUGUAUCUGGCGGAGAGAUUGCUGAGCAGUCCUCAGCUGCUGACGCUGCUCGUAUUAAGGAUAAUUUGACUGCCUUAAAUUCUCGCUGGAACACAAUUAACAGAAAGCUACAGGAGAGAAGACGAAAGCUUGAAGAAGAAAAGAGAAAGUUAUAUGGACUACAGGAAGACUUAAAUAAAUUUCGAACUUGGUUAGCAAAUGCAGAGGAAAUUGCUAAUACACCAGCGGAACAAGGGAAUGAGCCUCAGCUAAAUGAACUGCUAGAAAAAGUAAAGGUAAAAGUAGAAGAGCUUCUACCACAAAAGGAAGUUUUGAAACAAUUAAAUGAAACUGGAGGGACAGCAAUAGAAAGUACCACGAUAGCUCCAGAAGAAAAGCGGAAAAUCGAGGUUGGCCUAAAGGAGGCUAAUCAGCGUUGGAUAAAGGUGUCUAAAGAUCUGAAAGACAAGCAAAAUGAAAUUGAGGACCAGUUAAAGAACGUGUCUUUAUUUGAACUCCAGUUAAAUCAAUUGAUAUUGUGGGUUUCAUCUGUGAAAGAUCAGCUAUCAUUCUACAAUCAAGUGGGAAGACCAGGAGUAUUUAACAUAAAGGAAACAGAGGAUGCUCUAGCAGCUAAAAGGCCACAUGUGGAAGGUAUAUUGUCUAAGGGGCGCCAACUUCAAGCUGAGAAAUCCAUGCCCUAUCCUUUAAAGAGAAAGGUAGAAGAUCUGAAUACAGAGUGGAAUACAGUCAGUCUGUUACUCGAGGAAUUGAAAAGAAGACCUACUUGUGCAUCUUUUGGUGAUCGUCUUGCGCCAACUGCUUCUGUAGUGACUCAGACCCUCGUAACAACUGGAACAAGUACAGAAGAUAUGCCUUCUUCACUUCUUCUCGAGGUGCCAGCACUAGCUGAAUUCAGCAAGACAUGUGCUGACCUCAAAGACUGGCUUACUCUACUAGACCGUGUAAUAAAGGCUCAGAUUGUGACAGUGGGAGAUGUGGAAGAGAUCAAUGACAUGAUUAUUAAACAAAAGGUAACUCUGCAAGAUUUGGAACAAAAACGGCCCCAUUUGGAAGAACUAAUAACUGCGGCUCAGAACCUGAAAAACAAAACAAGCAACCCAGAAGCUCGAGCAGUGGUUACAGAUCGCAUUGAAAAAAUACAAAAUCAGUGGGAGGAAGUACAAUGCCACCUUCAGAAUAGAAGGCAACAGCUGCAGGAAAUGCUGAAGGAUUCCACCCAGUGGCAUGAUGCUCGUCACGAGGCAGAACAGAUGCUGGAAAAGGCAAAAGGACGUAUUGAAUCUUGGAAGGAGAUAUCAUAUACAGUUGAAUCACUGAAGACACAAAAUUCUGAUCUAAAGCAAUUUUCCAAGGAACUUCGUCAGGGGCAGAUAAAUGUUGAUGUAGCAAAUGAUUUGGCCUUAAAGCUUCUCCACGAUUAUUCCUCGGAUGACACCAGGAAGGUGGAGCUGAUGAGAGACAAUAUUAACAUCACCUGGACAAGAAUAAACAAAAGGGUAAAUGACCGUGAUGGUGCACUCGAAGCGGCUUUACGACUGUUGCAACAAUUUUACUUAGAUUUGGAAAAGUUCCUUGCAUGGCUUACAGAAUCGGAGUCCAUAGCCAAUGUCCUGCAGGAUGCGAAACAUAAAGACGGGAUCCUGGAAGACCCGAAAGGCCUCCAAGAAUUAAUGACGCAAUGGCAGGAAUUGCAAGCAGACAUCGAUGGCCACACAGAAGUAUUCCAUUCUUUGGAUGAAAAUGGACAGAAAAUCCUUAAAUCUUUGGAAGGGUCUGAAGAUGGCUCUCUCUUGUGCAGGAGACUUGAUAAUAUGAAUAUCCGGUGGAAUGAGCUCAGGAAAAAGUCCCUUAACAUCAGGUCUCAUUUAGAAGCCAGCACGGAGCACUGGAAGCGAUUACAUAUCUCUCUGCAGGAGCUUCUUGCAUGGCUGCAGCUGAAGAACGAGGAGCUAAAGCAGCAGGAGCCCAUUGGUGGGGAUGUUCCCAAACUGCAAAGCCAGAUUGACACGCAUCGGGUCUUCAAGAGGGAGGUAAAAUCCAAGGAGCCUGUUAUCAUGAGUGCACUUGAUACCGUGCAUAUAUUCCUAGCAGAACAUCCAUUUGAUGGCCUGGAGAAACUGUACCAUGAGCCAAGAGAACAUCACGUAGAAGAACAGUCCAAGAAUGUCAGCAGGAUCCUGCAGAAGCAGGUUGAUGAUGUAAGAAUGGAGUGGGACAAGUUGAACGUGCGUUCAGUUGAGUGGCAGAAAAAAUUAGAUGAUGCACUUGAAAGACUUCAGGAGCUCCAGGAUGCAAUGGAUGAACUGGACCAUAAACUACGUCAAGCAGAGGCGAUGAAAGGGUCCUGGCAGCCAGUGGGAGAUUUGCUGAUUGACUCGCUACAAGAUCAUAUAGGAAAAAUCAAGGCCUUCAGAGCAGAAAUAGCACCGAUAAAAAACAACGUUGAUCAAGUGAAUGAUCUUGCGUACCAGUUCAAAGCGACUGACAUCCAGUUAUCUCCUUAUAAUAUUAACCGCCUGGAAGAUUUAAACACAAGGUGGAAGCUGCUACAGGUGUCCAUUGUUGAACGCAUCAGACAAUUGCAUGAAGCCCACAGGGAUUUUGGCCCCACGUCUCAGCAUUUCCUUUCCACUUCAGUCCAGGGUCCAUGGGAGAGGGCUAUCUCACCAAAUAAAGUGCCAUACUACAUAAAUCAUGAUACUCAAACAACAUGCUGGGAUCAUCCCAAAAUGACAGAGCUCUACCAGUCUUUAGCCGACUUGAACAAUGUGAGAUUCUCGGCGUACAGAACUGCCAUGAAACUGAGGAGACUGCAGAAAGCUCUGUGCUUGGAUUUAUUGGGCUUGUCUGCAGCUUGUGAUGCCUUGGACCAGCACAACCUCAAGCAGAACGACCAGCUUAUGGACAUCUUGCAGAUUAUUAAUUGCUUGACCACAAUUUAUGAUCGACUGGAGCAAGAGCACAACAACCUGGUGAACGUGCCCCUCUGCGUGGACAUGUGCCUGAACUGGCUCCUGAAUGUUUAUGACACGGGUCGGACUGGAAGAAUCCGUGUGCUGUCUUUUAAAACUGGUAUUAUAUCCCUAUGUAAAGCACAUUUGGAAGACAAGUACAGAUAUCUUUUCAAGCAAGUUGCAAGCUCUACUGGAUUUUGUGACCAACGAAGACUGGGUCUUCUCCUUCAUGAUGCUAUUCAGAUUCCAAGGCAGCUGGGUGAAGUGGCCUCCUUUGGUGGAAGUAACAUAGAGCCCAGUGUCAGGAGCUGCUAUCAAUAUGCUAACAAUAAGCCAGAAAUUGAGGCAGCUUUGUUUCUGGAUUGGAUGAGGUUGGAGCCGCAGUCAAUGGUUUGGCUACCGGUGCUUCACAGAGUUGCUGCUGCAGAAACUGCCAAACACCAAGCCAAGUGUAAUAUCUGUAAAGAAUGUCCAAUUAUCGGUUUCAGGUAUAGAAGUUUAAAGCACUUUAACUAUGACAUCUGCCAAAGCUGCUUCUUUUCUGGCCGUGUUGCAAAAGGACACAAAAUGCACUAUCCAAUGGUGGAAUAUUGCACUCCUACAACAUCUGGAGAAGAUGUACGCGACUUUGCAAAGGUUUUGAAGAAUAAGUUCAGAACAAAAAGAUAUUUUGCAAAACACCCAAGAAUGGGUUAUCUUCCUGUUCAAACUGUCCUGGAAGGAGACAAUAUGGAGACUCCUGUUACACUGAUCAACUUCUGGCCAGUAGAUUCUGCCCCUGCUUCAUCUCCCCAGCUAUCACACGAUGACACUCACUCACGAAUUGAACAUUAUGCUAGCAGGCUAGCUGAAAUGGAAAAUAGCAAUGGCUCCUACCUAAAUGAUAGCAUUUCACCCAAUGAAAGCAUAGAUGAUGAACAUUUGCUUAUCCAGCACUACUGCCAAAGCUUGAACCAAGAGUCCCCACUGAGUCAGCCCCGGAGCCCUGCCCAAAUACUUAUCUCCUUGGAGAGUGAAGAGCGAGGGGAGCUUGAGAGGAUCCUUGCUGACUUGGAAGAGGAAAACAGAAAUUUACAAUCGGAGUAUGAUAGACUGAAGGAGCAGCAUGACCAUAAGGGGUUGUCCCCACUACCUUCCCCUCCAGAAAUGAUGCCAGCCUCCCCACAGAGUCCACGAGAUGCAGAACUCAUAGCAGAAGCCAAGUUACUGCGCCAGCACAAAGGACGUCUGGAAGCCAGAAUGCAAAUCCUGGAAGAUCACAACAAGCAACUGGAGUCUCAAUUGCAUCGGCUUAGACAGUUGCUAGAGCAGCCGCAAGCUGAGGCAAAGGUCAAUGGUACAACAUUUUCCUCUCCUACUCCCUCGCUGCAGAGAUCAGAGAGCAACCAGCCCAUGUUGCUUCGUGUAGUUGGCAGCCAAACAUCUGAAACCAUGGGUGAGGAUGAUGUUCUUAGUUCUCCACAUGACACAAGCACAGGAUUAGAGGAAGUCAUGGAGCAGCUAAACAACUCUUUCCCAACCGUAAGAGGAAGAAAUGUCCCUGGAAAGCAAAUGAGAGAGGAAACAAUGUAGGAAAUCUCUUCCACAUGGCUGAUGAUUUGGGAAGAGCGAUGGAAACUUUAGUCACAAUUAUGACUGAAGACGAGGUGUUGGAUUGACAUCUCCCUACACACCGCAUGUGUUUUUAUAUACUAUCUUCGUACAACAAAAAGGGGAUUAGACUGUAAGAGUUUACAAGAAAAUAUCUAUAUUUUUGUGAAGGGUAGUGGUACUAUACUGUAGAUUUCAGUAGUUUCUUAAGCCUGUUAUUGUUUUGGUAACAAUGGCAGAUUUUCAAUGUCUAUGCAAUUGUACAAAACCAAUAAGAAAACUACAUGUAAAAUCUUGAUAGCUUAAAAAAAAAAAAAAAUCUUGCCAUUUCUUUUUACAGAGGGCAAUUUUGGGUUGUUUAAAAAAAUUUAUAUCCGUUAUAAUGAACGAUUGUAAACUAAAGUGUGCUUUAUAAAGAAGAAAAUGUUUAUACAAAAUCCCUUU